AUGCCAGACAUAUCACCAAAUAAUGCAAAAGUACCCAAACUACGCACCAAGACUUUCACUGGAUGCUGGACUUGUCGAGACCGACGAGUGAAGUGUGACGAGGAACGCCCUCACUGUCGGCGGUGCCAGCAGAACGGUUGGACCUGCAAAGGGUAUGAUUUACGCCUAGGAUGGUCUCGAAUCCCUGGGGGCUGCUCUCAUCGACGCAAAUUGCGAUCCCCAGCACCAGAUAUGGACCAUGGGUUGUCAUCUGCUGCUGUGACGGCACUGCUGAUUGAAUUGGAUGGGUGCUCGGGGGACGGCUCCGCCCAACAACGAGGUCCAUUCUCGGUGUUCUCGGCUUUUUCAAGAUCUGAGACUCAAGAUGCAGGCCGUAUUGAUCUAUCCAACCCAGAAGAUGCACUUCCAAUCCAACAUCUGGAAGAUACACAUCAUAACUCGUCGGACUUGAUUAACUCACCAGUUGGCGAUAGAGAUGGUGACUUGGCUUCACCGAGGCCAACAUGGGAUAGAUUAUCAUCUACUACCGCAAGAUCCCCGUCUGAAAUUCAGGAGGAAUCAUGCACAGCAUUACCAAAGCUCAAUCAUCGGGUUGAUGACAUCUCUAUCAACAGAAUUACCCAUGUCAUUCACCACAAAAGUCCCAAAAAUAGGCUGUCAGAACCAAGCGACUACGGCAGACCUGUGUCAAAUAUUCGAAGCAAUGAGAGUGUCCUUUGGAAUUCCAUGAGUCCAUUGACUCUCCCAAGAGCAGAGAUUGAGUUAGUCCACUACUGGGUUGUUUUUCUCAGCGGAAACAUGCUCCUAAUCGACACCCCGGACAACCCCUGCCGCACAGUGUUUUUACCUCUAGCUCUGAAAGGUCUCGAUGCCUCUCCAACAGAGCCGAAUAUUCAUCUCUCCAUAUUCCAUGCCAUUUGUGCCUCCUCCGCCUUCAGCCUUUCCCACUUCCGCCACGAUGCGCGGUACCACUCCAUCGCCGUCCACCAUGACCAGCUGGCCCUGCGUCAUUUGCGAGGAAGCCUGCAGCGGGCUAACUGCCUAGAUGAGCCAUCAUUAGCUGCUGUACUCACUUGCAUCACGGCUGAAGGUAUGUCUGGGCGCCGUAGCCGAUGGAGAGCACAUGUCGCUGGAUGCCUUUGUCUCCUAGAGAACGAACUCCAUGGCGACUGGAUCCAAAGUCCAACUGCUGCUAGGAUGAUCCAAAGUUACUUGGCUCUUUCAUCACUAUGCAGUCUUCCUGUGCCCGAACGGCUCAUGUCGCUCCUCAAUGGCCCCUCCGAUUCCCAUCACUACCUAGAACAAUCGCAUGGAAUUACAGUACCACUGGUCCAAUUACUCGCUCAAAUCACCACCCUUGUUGAGUUCCAGACACAGCUGCCUAUCGAAGAACUAGACCGACUCGAACUUCAGCUCUACUUGAACUUUCCAUCCCCAUGCAACCCAGACGCCCCAGGUUCGAUCAUUGUCCAACACGCUUUGACCUCAUUCUACUAUGCGACAAUUAUAUACUUCCGCCGUACUUUGCGUGGUACAAGAUUGAGCGAAGUACAGGAUUUGGUUGAGAAAGCAAUCCACGAGCUUGAAUCCGUCGAUGCACUCACGCGUGAGAAGGGCGGCCAUUCGUAUAAUUGGGCAGGCUUUGUGAUUGCAGCUGAAUGCGAGCGGCCGGAUCUGCAAGAUCGCAUGUUGGCAUUCUUUGGCCGCAAAAGUCGGCACGGGAUCCAAAAUAUUAAUGUACUAUCUGAAAUUGUUCAAGCUCUGUGGGACCGACGGGCAGCAGCUGGAUCGCACGUCGAUAUACAGUGGAAGGAUAUUGCAAGGGAAGCUGAUUUUGACAUUAUGCUUGUAUGA